CUAGCUGGCUGUCAACAUUGUGGCAUGGUUGUGAUUGAGUUCUGUUAGUUUACGAUCGUAAAAUGAGGAAUCUUUCGGUUUCCCGUCAUAUUGCAUUAAAUAUUCCAGAAAGUAAUGCGUUUUCGCAGUUUACUGUAGAUGUAGCUACAGGUGACAUCUUAGGAUAUAGUGAGAAGACAGUGUAUAAAUUGUCUGCUAAGAGCGGUGAGGUAGAAUGUUUUCUCAGUUUGGAAGAACUCGGUCAUUUGACAACAUGUUACGAUAUCAUAGGCAUGAACGUAAAUUCUGUCAGCGAAGAAGUUUGCUUGGUGCUAGCCAGCGGUGACAUAUUAACUGUAGAAAGUUAUUCCAAGGAAGUGGAAUGUGUCGGAAGUGUCGACAGUGGGGUAUCUGCAGUUCAGUGGAGUCCCGACGAAGAAAUGAUAGUUCUUGUCACCGGGAAAGAAAGCAUUAUUACUAUGACUGGAUCAUUCGAUCCUGUUAAUGAAGUGGAUUUUCACGAUGAUAGUUUCGGCGAAAAGCAGUUCAUAACAGUCGGCUGGGGGAAGAAAGAAACACAGUUUCAUGGUUCUGAAGGGAAGGCAGCAGCUAGAGCAGAAGAGAAACCUGUUGUUCCGUCGGAAGGUGAUGAUACAGUUCCCAGAGUGAGUUGGCGAGGCGAUGGCAGUCUUUAUUGUGUUAGCUUGUUGCACCGUAACAACUUUCGCCAAAUAAAAAUUUUUAACCGUGAAGGUGUUUUGCAAUACACAAGUGAGUACGUACCUGGUCUGGAAAUGAGUCUUGCAUGGAGACCUUCGGGGAAUUUGAUAGCAUCCACACAAACACUACCAAAUAAACACCAGGUAAUAUUUUUCGAAAAAAAUGGUCUACGACAUGGUGAAUUUUCGUUGCCAUUCGUCCCACAGGAAGUGUACAUACCUUGGCUAUCGUGGAAUUGUGAUUCAGACGUUCUGGCCGUAUUAUGUAAGAAAAAAAAUUCCAGUCAGUCAUUUUUGCAGCUCUGGACAAGCAACAAUUAUCAUUGGUAUCUCAAACAAAACUUAUUGUUUGAUGACAAUGAACUAAACUUGAAAGUCCAGUGGGAUAUCGAAAUCAGUUUACGUCUGCAUGUAUGUCAGGGAUCGAGGUAUAUGCGGUAUGAUUUGUCCUGGGGGACAGAUUAUAGUUCCAUAUAUUGCAGUGAUGCAGAUGUUGCUGUUAUUGAUGGAGAAAAAUUGUUGUUAACAUCAUUUCGGAAUUCAGUGAUACCUCCUCCAAUGUGUGGAGAAACACUCACAUUGCCAGCUGCUAUUAACACUGUAAUGUUUUCUUCAAGCACAUUACACAAGCUUUGUGUGAUAAUGUGUAAUGGUGACCUAGCUAUAUUCGGGAGAGAAGAAGUUAAAAAUGAACAUGUACUCAUCAGUAUGGGGCAGUUGUUAUGGGAAUGUGAAAAUUCAGGCAUAAAACACUGUCUGAAUAUGCAUCAUUGGCUUUGGCUUACUGAUGAAGUUCUUUUAAGUACUGUCUCUGUGGGAUGUACAUCAGUGCUCAUUAAUAUCAGCUUGUUGGCUGAUGGAAGUAUUGUAAUCAGGAAAACAUUGAAUAUACCUGGAAGCAUUGUAUCCCUUACUAAAUUAUGUACAAGUUCAGCUGCAUUAAUUCAACUGUCUGAUGGGCAAAUGUUAAAAUAUCUACCAUCCGAGAAUAAAACGGAACAAUUUGGGAGAGCAAUGCCAGAGCCCUGCACUGUGAUGCUGACGUGCACUGUUGGUGACACGGAAUGCGCUCUGGGACUCACGAACCGUGGUAAUUUGUAUGUGACUAGUGAAGCAGAUCGUGAUCCAGCACUUGUCUCUAGUGGUAUCACAUCUGUUUUUGUGUUACCAAAAUUUCUUCUAAUGGUUACAUCACAACAUACAUUGUGUUGUGUUAAACUGGAAAAUUUUGACUGUUUACUGCAUGCUCAGCAUGAAAAGGGUGGCAGACGUGUGGAAAGAGGUUCACGAAUUGUGGUGGCUGUUGAUACUCGUGUUGUUCUGCAGAUGCCACGUGGAAAUUUGGAGACGGUUACACCACGAACAUUAGUGUUAGAUGUUGCAGCUCGGUACUUGAAUGCUGCUAACUACAGUUCUGCAUUUGAACUGUUUCGUAAGCAGCGAAUAAAUCUGAAUCUUUUGUUUGACCAUGAUCCAGAGAGAUUUUUAUCCAACAUUGACAAUUUUGUGGAGGAUUUGCACAAUCCCUCGUGGUUAUCAUUAUUCCUCUCUGAAUUGUCCAGUGAGGAUGUAGUGCAAACAAUGUAUGCAGCUUCAUAUAGUGGAGGAAGCACAAGAAAGGUGUUUGAUGAUAAGGUUAAUCUGGUUUGUGACAAGAUACGUGAGGCUAUCCAGAAGCGUGAUGAUGCUUCACUUUAUCUUUUCCCCGUCCUGACAAGUUAUGUGCGUAAAAACAAUAAAGAUGAUCUGGCAUGUGCACUGAAAGAAGCUAAGGCUUCUAAGCACAUAUCUGUUGAUGAAGCUCUUAAAUAUUUAUUUUAUAUGGUUGAUGUAAAUGAGAUGUACAACAUUGCACUUGGUCUUUAUGACUUUGACCUAGUAACAUUAGUUGCAUCAAAGUCAACAAAAGACCCUAAGGAAUACCUCCCAUUCCUGAAUGAGUUACGCAGAUUGGAACCGAAUUACCAAAAGUAUACCAUUGACAAAUAUUUAAAACGGUACAAAUCAGCACUAUCUCAUAUUUCAAAAUGUCCAGAGCAUUUUGAUGAGUGCUUAGAACUAAUAAAGACACACAAAAUGUAUUCUGAGGCCCUACAGCUUUUUAAUAAGUCUAAUGAUCUUUACUGCAAAGUAGCUGAGGCCUAUGCUGAUUAUCUCAUAGCAGAGCAUAAAUUUCAUGACGCAGGAAUAAUGUAUGAACGUAGCAAGAAAAUGGAAAAGGCACUGGAUGCUUACCAAAGGUCUCUGGAUUGGCAGGAGGCUUCCAUUGUGCUGUCCCAGCUGAAUUACAGGGAGAACCAGGAAGCAGAUUUUUGGCGAAACAUGGUUGCAGAUUUGGUAUCAAAUCGGCGUUACACAGAUGCUGCCUGUGUUCUAAAAGAUUUCUUGAAUGAUGCUGAGGAAACUGUUGCUGUUCUGACACAAGGUCACUGUUGGUGUGAGGCUGUGCGGAUAUCGUACCAGAGCAAAAGGCCUGACCUAUUAGAAACACAUGUAAAACCAGGAAUUCUGGAGCAUAAGGAUCAUAUUGUUCAUCAACUAAAUAAUGCAAGUAAAAGUUUCACCACAUACAAAGCUCGAUUAGCAGCUGUUAGAGAAGAAAAAGUUAAACUGAAGGAAAACUUUGGUGAUGCUGAUGAAGAAAUCAAUGUACAUCCUGAAAAUGAACUGUUCUCCGACACCAGUAGCAUAGCAGCUUCGACUCUGAGAACAUCUAGGACAGACUCUAAGGCUUCCACGCGUAGUAGCCGAUCGAGUAAGAAUCGCCGCAAACAAGAACGGAAAUUACUCAGUUUAAAAGAAGGCAGCAAGCAUGAAGAUCUAGCACUGGUUCAGGCCUUGCAUCAGCAGAUCACAAUUUGUCUUAAUUUAAAGGAUGAGGUUGGAAUGUUGUGCAAAAUGCUUCUAAGAUUUGGCAGAGAUGCUGAUGCUGCUGCUUUGCAACAUUUGCUUGAUUCAGUGCUGAGUGAAAUGCAGCGUAGCACGGACGAAAUCUGGUCGGCCGAUCUGCUAUUGCAACCUGUCAGGAGCUUUGGACCAGAUGCAACAACGAAUAGCAUCAUCGAGUCAUUCAAUGCAGGUGUUUCUUCUGGAACGAACCUUCAUUUGCUAGAACCCCAUGUCAGAUAUCCUCCUACAAUGACAGGUUCUCAGUGGAAGCUGCAGAUCUUGGAAAAUAAUGCUUGAGCGUUAAUUUAUGUAUGAUAACUGUAAAUAAAUUUUUUUUAAUUCAUUAAA